GGUGAUGUAAUGUGCUAUUUAUAUCAACAAGGUAAACACAUUACGACGUAUUUGCCAAAAAUAGCACUUUGCAGAUUACGUGACGGUGGUGAAUUCCCUCCGUAUAAAACCCCUCAGCCUCAGCGCGAAGAAGAAAGGCAGGUUUAUACAUGCGCCGGAGGAGAUAGCGGGACGUGUGUCGUUCGCCAUUUCUAGGGCGACAUUUUAGGGUGCGUUUCAAUUAGAAUCGUCAGUCAUGACGGACCGUGGUGUACUCCUGAAGCACUACUACCAGCUGAGCAAGAACAUUGACAGUAUCUCUGGCGGCCAGGCGCGCCUCGGGGAAGGCACGGACGACCAGGAAGAUGAACUCAUUACCGUAAACGUCAGCAUAGCCCCAACCUCGGGCCCUUACCGUGGCGGGCAAUUCGACUUCACGCUGGACAUGAGCGAGGGCUACCCGUCCUGCCCGCCAAUUGUCCGGGCGCUGACCCAGAUGUACCAUCCCAACGUGGAGCUAGCAGGCGCCGAGGACGAAGAGGACGGCUCCGUGUGUCUGAAUCUCCUGGACGAGCUGUGGACGCCCACCAUGACCCUAGAGGACGUGGUUCAGGGCCUCCUGUUUCUGCUCCACAAUCCGAACGUGGAGGACCCGCUUAGCUCCCUAUUCUGCGGGUCAGAGGACGAAGAGGAGUUCCGUCGCCACGUUCGUCUCUCGCUCCGUGGCGGGAACGUAGCUGGGGUAGAUUUCAAGAGGAACCUGCUGGACGGAUAUGAGUCUGAGUGCGAGGAAGACGAUGAUAAGGAGGGUGCCCCUGGUAAUCAGAGCAAUCUCGAGUCCACAGUUGCUACCCUGUUGGAGGAGCUUGUCCAGACAGAAGACAUGGAUGUAACGAUGGCAAUCUCUGCUGCAAGUGCAGAGAAUCAGAAGAAUUUUAUAUCCACUGUCGGUGUCAUAGCGGAAACUGACGAAACUCCAGAGAACGAUGCCUCGACUGAAGAAGAAACCCCAGAAUGUGUUACCCCUCUCUCUCCCUCCCUCUUCUCUCCUUCGACUCAGCUAGCAGGCUCUCGUGAAACCAAUACCGACAAGCAGUUCACACUAUUUUCCCAGCUAAGAGCCCCUCUGUGGUCGUUUGACAAGAUGUGGACCCUGUCCCUCAGCUCCAUCGUGAGACCUAUAGUCCUGGGGGCCCAGAGGGUGAGUCGGCCACCGGCUCGACUGGACUCCUCCGAGAUAGACGUUCACUGA